GCUCUGGAGCGGAGCGGAGCCGUCCGGCGCGGCCCGCGGGAGCGUUACCGGGGCCGGUAGAGGGAGCUGGACAUGAUGGACCACCUUGCAAACACGGAGAUCAACAGCCAGCGCAUCGCUGCUGUGGAGAGCUGCUUUGGGGCUUCUGGGCAGCCCUUGGCCUUGCCGGGCAGGGUGCUCCUGGGAGAAGGGAUUUUAACCAAGGAAUGCCGCAAGAAGCCAAAGCCUCGCAUCUUUUUCCUCUUCAACGACAUCCUGGUCUACGGCAGCAUCAUCCUCAACAAAAGGAAGUACAACUCCCAGCACAUCAUCCCCCUUGAAGACGUCACUCUGGAGACGCUGCCGGACACCCUGCAGAUGAAGAACCGCUGGAUGAUCAAAACCUCCAAGAAGUCCUUUGUGGUGUCGGCAGCGUCCCUGACGGAGAGGAAGGAGUGGAUCAGCCACCUGGAGGAGUGCAUCAAGCACCUGCUGAGCAAGACGGGCCGGCAGCCGUGCAGGGAGCCCGCGGCGCCCUGGAUCCCCGACAAGGCCACGGACAUCUGCAUGCGCUGCACGCACACCAAGUUCUCCACGCUCACCCGCAGGCACCACUGCCGCAAGUGCGGCUUCGUCGUGUGCGCCGACUGCUCCCGCCAGAGGUUCCUGAUGCCCAGGCUGUCCCCCAAGCCCCUGAGGGUCUGCAACCUGUGCUACAGGCAGCUGCUGGCCGAGAAGAAGAAGGAGGCGGAGGCGGAUCGGAGGCAGACGGAGCCCAUCCCCUCUGCCACGCAGGGCUACGAGCCCUCCAGCGGCGAUGAGAGCGACAAGUCUGACGAUGACAGGGCUGAGCACUGGCCAGCUGACUCAGAGUUUUAUACCUCACAGGUAUCCUGGUCAUCUUUCCACAGCUGA